CAACUCUACACAGGAUGUCCUCCAUCGCCAUCGCCGGUGCCAGCGAUGUCUCCAAAUACCUGAUUGAAGAACUCAUCGCCUCAAAUCCAUCGAAACCACCUCGUAUGGCAGUGUUAACACGUUCUCUCUCCAAUCGACCAUGGUUUACUACAAACCCACACAUUGAGCUGCAUGUCUCAGACUACACAGCUUCAUCCAUCCUGUCAAUCCUCAACAAACCAACGCAACUGCCCUCUUCUCAUUCCUCCACUCAAACGACCCAGCUCACUAUAACACAGCUCACGAAGCUAUGCUCACAGCAUGUCAAAUGAGCGAGCACUGCAAACGAUUCAUCCCAUCCGAUUAUGGCGGUGAUAUCGAUCGCUUCCCGUAUCUUCCACGGUUUUACGACUCGACUCAUCGCGUAUUCAGGGAUACUCUCGCCAACGUGGAAGAUGUAGAAUGGACAGUCGUCAAAGGGGGCUGGUUUAUGGAUUAUUUCGUACAGGGCAGCAAAGUUGAUCCUACCAUCAUUCCAUACGGCGGGUCAAGCCAUGGCAACCAACCAGACAAUAUCUUCGAUACCACCAAAGCCCGAUCGUACAUGAAGCCUCUCCCUGGCAUCUUGCCUCUGGAUCUGGAUACUUUGACUGCAACUGUGCCAGGAACAGGCGAUGAACCGGUUGGAUGGACCUCCGCUCGAGAUGUCGCCCGUGCAUUGGUCAAGCUGCUCGAUGCCCCUUUUGGGACCUGGGAGAGGCAUACAUAUGUUGUUGGAGAUAUACAGACAUGGAAUGAGGCGAUCAAAACUGUGGAACACUUUUACAGAAAGAGGUUUACUGUCACACAUAAGACGACGGAGAAUAUCUUGCAGGCAGUGGAGGAUGAAAAACUAGAUGAUGUUCAACGGGCGAUUGCGUAUAUGGAUGAGUGGAAUAUCACAGGUGCUAGUGCAGUGCCUAUAGAUAAGGUGGUGGAGCAGAGAGAGUGGUUCUUUUCUGAUAUGAGAUUCCGGGGUAUAGGAGAGUAUAUGGAGGAUGCCUUCUUGAAUGAUUUAGAUACUAUGGUAUAGUUUAUGUCGACCAUGGUUUCAGACGUAUUUGUCGAGGGCUGUGUAUACAUGCAAACUUCAUCCGUGUUCAAAAGUAAAUAAAGUACAUUUAUCGACAAUAAAAGCAGAAAACGAGAAUCAUUAUCAUCAAAUCUCAUAUCAAUUCAUCCCACUACAUCCAGCCAUUAUGUCGUGUUAUAUCUCAGUAAUUCUUCCUAUACGCAGAGCUAGGCACCGCAACACGACCCCCAUUUGCCUUUCGUUGCUCUCGCAUCUGACGUCGCAAGUCUUUGUUGUAUUCGGGCGUUUUCAUAUACUCGGAUUUGCGACGGGCUGUCCAUCCUUGGCCGUCGUCGAUAUAUCCCCACCAGUAGGGAUCGUGAUCGGUGUCUUUGCUGGA